CCCCGCCCCCUCGACUUCCCCCCUUUUGUUAAUUAAAACUAAGAAGUGAGAAUGGGAACGAGGUGGCCAGCUCCGGCGGAGAACGCUUAAGGACACCACGCCAGUUCUUCCCUUCCUUCCGAGAUGGAAAGAGGAGCUCCUAGCUCACUUAAGCCGGGGUAGGGCUGGUUCUCCUUUCCGAGCCAAAAUCCCAGGCGAUGGUGAAUUAUGAACGUGCCACACCAUGAAGCUCUUGUGGCAGGUAACUGUGCACCACACCUGGAAUGCCGUCCUGCUCCCCGUCGUCUACCUCACGGCGCAAGUGUGGAUUCUGUGUGCAGCCAUCGCUGCUGCCGCCUCCGCCGGGCCCCAGAACUGCCCAUCCGUCUGCUCGUGCAGUAACCAGUUCAGCAAGGUAGUGUGCACCCGCCGGGGCCUCUCCGAGGUCCCUCAGGGGAUUCCUUCCAACACCCGGUACCUCAACCUCAUGGAGAACAAUAUCCAGAUGAUUCAGGCCGACACCUUCCGCCACCUCCACCACCUGGAGGUCUUGCAGCUGGGCAGGAACUCCAUCCGGCAGAUCGAGGUGGGGGCCUUCAACGGCCUGGCCAGCCUCAACACUCUGGAGCUGUUCGACAACUGGCUGACGGUCAUCCCCAGCGGGGCCUUUGAAUACCUGUCCAAGCUGCGGGAGCUCUGGCUGCGCAACAACCCCAUAGAAAGCAUCCCCUCUUAUGCCUUCAACCGGGUGCCCUCCCUCAUGCGCCUGGACCUGGGGGAGCUCAAGAAGCUGGAGUACAUCUCCGAGGGGGCCUUUGAGGGACUGUUCAACCUCAAGUACCUGAACUUGGGCAUGUGCAACAUUAAGGACAUGCCCAACCUCACCCCGCUCGUGGGGCUGGAGGAGCUGGAGAUGUCGGGGAACCACUUCCCAGAGAUCAGACCUGGCUCCUUCCAUGGCCUCGGCUCCCUCAAGAAGCUAUGGGUCAUGAACUCACAGGUCAGCCUGAUUGAGCGGAAUGCUUUUGAUGGGCUGGCCUCGCUGGUGGAACUCAACCUGGCCCACAAUAACCUCUCUUCUUUGCCCCAUGACCUCUUCACUCCCCUGAGGUACCUGGUGGAGUUGCACCUACACCACAAUCCUUGGAACUGUGAUUGUGACAUUCUCUGGCUAGCCUGGUGGCUUCGGGAGUACAUACCCACCAAUUCCACCUGCUGUGGCCGCUGCCACGCUCCCUUGCACAUGCGAGGCCGCUACCUGGUGGAGGUGGACCAGGCCUCCUUCCAGUGCUCCGCCCCCUUCAUCAUGGAUGCCCCUCGGGACCUCAAUAUCUCGGAGGGUCGGAUGGCGGAACUUAAGUGUCGGACUCCCCCCAUGUCCUCUGUUAAGUGGUUGCUGCCCAAUGGGACAGUGCUCAGCCACGCCUCCCGCCACCCACGGAUCUCCGUCCUCAACGACGGCACCUUGAACUUUUCCUACGUGCUGCUCUCAGACACUGGGGUAUACACGUGCAUGGUGACCAAUGUGGCGGGCAACUCCAAUGCCUCGGCCUACCUCAAUGUGAGCACGGCCGAGCUCAACACCUCCAACUACAGCUUCUUCACCACGGUCACAGUGGAGACCACCGAGAUCUCGCCCGAGGACACAACGCGCAAGUACAAGCCUGUUCCUACGACGUCCACUGGUUACCAGCCGGCCUAUACCACCUCUACCACGGUGCUCAUCCAGACCACCCGUGUGCCCAAGCAGGUGGCAGUGACCGCGACAGACACCAAUGACAAGAUGCAGACCAGCCUGGAUGAAGUCAUGAAGACCACCAAGAUCAUCAUUGGCUGCUUUGUGGCAGUGACCCUGCUCGCUGCUGCCAUGUUGAUUGUCUUCUAUAAACUUCGCAAGCGGCACCAGCAGAGGAGUACAGUCACAGCCGCCCGGACAGUAGAGAUCAUCCAGGUGGAUGAUGACAUCCCAGCGGCGGCACCCGCAGCAGCAACAGCAGCUCCGGCCGGUGUAUCAGGUGAGGGGGCAGUCGUGCUGCCCACAAUUCAUGACCAUAUUAACUACAACACCUACAAACCAGCACAUGGGGCCCACUGGACAGAGAACAGCUUGGGGAACUCUCUCCACCCCGCGGUCACCACUAUCUCUGAACCUUAUAUCAUUCAGACCCACACCAAGGACAAGGUACAGGAAACUCAGAUAUGACUCCCCCCCCCAAAAAAAAACUUAUACAAAUGCAAUAGAAUGCACACACACACAAAGACAGCAACUUUUGUACAGAGCGGGGAGAGACUUUUUCUUGUAUAUGCUUAUAUAUUAAAUC